AUGGGGCAUUCUGCAGCCGUAUGGGACUAUAGAGCAGCAACUGAAAUUACAAAGGACUGGAAUGGAGUUGAUCAAAUUGUGCUUCGAACUCCAAGGGGUGCUUCAGCACGGGUAAGCUUACAUGGGGCGCAGGUCACUUCAUGGCGGAAUGAGCAAGGGGAAGAACUUUUAUUCACAAGCAGCAAAGCAAUUUUCAAGGCACCAAAAUCAAUAAGAGGAGGAAUUCCGAUGUGCUUUCCACAGUUUGGAAACUGCGGAUCGCUGGAACAGCAUGGUUUUGCAAGAAAUAGAAUGUGGGCAAUUGAUGAUAAUCCUCCUCCUCUUUCUGCAAAUGAUUCCAGUGGAAAAUCCUUUAUUGACCUGGUACUAAAAUCAUCUGAAGAAGAUAUGAAGAGCUGGCCACACAGUUUUGAAUUCCGUCUUCGGGUGUCUCUUGCAACAGAUGGGGACCUUACAUUGAUAUCUAGAGUCAGGAACAUAAAUGGCAAGCCAUUUAGUUUCUCAUUUGCAUAUCACACAUACUUAUUGGUUUCUGACAUUAGUGAGAUACGGAUUGAAGGUCUGGAGACACUGGAUUACUUAGACUACCUUUUCAAAAAGGAACGAUUUACAGAACAAGGAGAUGCAAUAACAUUUGAAUCUGAGGUGGAUCGAGUUUAUCUUAGCUCUCCAAACAUAAUUGCAGUGCUAGAUCAUGAGAAGAAGCGAACAUUUGUUAUAAGGAAGGAUGGUCUCCCUGAUGUUGCUGUGUGGAAUCCAUGGGAGAAGAAAUCAAAGUCAAUGGUGGACUUUGGUGAUGAAGAGUACAAACAGAUGCUUUGUGUUGAUGGGGCGGUGAUAGAGAAACCGGUGAGCUUGAAGCCGGGAGAGGAAUGGACCGGGCGGCUGCAGCUAUCGGUUGUGCCGUCAAGUUUUUGCAGUGACCGUCUGGAUCUUGACAGAAGUGGUCUUUGA